AGUUGCCUGGGUGCCUUGAUUGCUGACACACCAGUACUCCCACACAAACAUAAAUACUACCAGAGACGUUAUCUCUCAUCCAUUCAUGGCUCCACAUCUCCUCCUUGUCCUGCGCAUCCUGUUCUUCCUCACUGGAGUCUCAGAUGCACAGAGUGUGUCCACAGUGAGACAUGUGUCUGUAAAGCAAGGAGGCUCCAUCACCAUCCCAUGUCUCUAUCAUCAGAGAUAUAGAAACGAUGUGAAAUACUGGUGUAGGGGAUAUUAUUGGUUAGGUUGCUCUACUGUAGUACGCACUGACCAUCCUAAGACCAGUGGAAAGACUUCAGUCUCUGAUGACAUCAACCAGCGAGUCUUCACUGUGACCAUGACAAUUCUUAGUCCUAGUGAUUCUGAUUAUUACUGGUGUAUUGUGGAUAGGAAUAGCAAGGCAGAUGAUGGGGCUAGACUGCAGAUAUCUGUUCCUCCAGGUACUCCAGAAAUCUAUGUGGACCAACAAGAGCUGACUGGAGUUGUAGGAGGGAGUGUCACUGUGCUCUGUUACUAUAGUUCACAAGGAAGCACAGGGGUGUGGUGCAGGAUGGGAGGCUCUUGUGUGGCUGUGGGACAUUGUGGGGCUUUAGAUGGAACAUGUGUGAAGUUAGUGCAGGACCAGAGCCGAACCACCAAUGGUUAUGUCUUAAUGGUGACUAUGAGUGGAUUGAUGAUGAAGAACACUGGCUGGUACUGGUGCGAAAAGGGAGACCUACAGAUGCCUGUUCAUAUCACUGUCAAUCAACCAACCACAACACAGAGUACCACCGCAAACCAGAACAAUGAGGGAACUGACGAGAUGCAACAAGAGAAUGACCAGAGAUUGGAACGCACGUUCUUCUACCUGUUGAAAGCUGGAAGUGCACUGCUCUUCCUCCUGUGCACCAUCAUUGCUGUGGUGAAGUUCAGGGAAAACAGACAUCAAGAUGAUACCAAGGGUGCAUUGACACCAGAGAGUUGUUUCUGGAGAAAUUUACCAACAGUUUGCACCAAAUACUUUUUCCCCGAAAGAAACAACAACACACUGAGUGUACAAAACAUUAUGAAGGAGUCACUACAGUAAAUAUAAUAUGUUUCUAUACACUUGAAUGUGCAUACUACCAUGACCACGGAUAAUCCUGAAUGAAUAGUGAAUAAUGAUGGGAGAAAGUUA